AUGUCGCUCUGGUUGACUGUAGCUAGGAGAUCCCUUGUAGUGAUCAGCCACCGCAUGGAUGUUGUGCUGUUGGGAUCUGAUGCAUAUUACGGAGAAAUCGGUCUCUUAUUCAGAAGCGAGGCGAACAAUCCCAAUGAAACGAUGGGCCGACAACUAAGCGAACCCCAUAUCGGCGCUGGACGGAGCUUGGAAAGGGAAAGCUGGGUGCCUGAGCUAGCAUUCCAAACGCAGUCCACAGCAAGGUGGAGGAGGCCCGAGUUAGCUCCAGGUACGGGCGGUCAAUGGCGUGGAGGCAAAACCAAGAAAGGGGGGAAGUGCAAAGAAUCUGACUUUCGACCGGCCGAGAAAGAAUACAAAGACAUUUGUGAUGAGUACAAGGCUAUCAAAUCACGCAUUCCAUAUCGUGAUGAUACAAGGGUAAUGUCCAUGCAUGGACAUCCCUCGAAUCAUGGAAGAAAUGGGCCAAAAUAA